AUGGCUCAGGACACUACAGUGCCCAAACUGAACUUUGAAUAUUGGUUGGAUAAAGCUAUUGAAUGGGGUCAAGCCACUACACUGGAAUCCCAGAAGGAUGUGUGUCUUCACUUGCCCCAGCUCCAGGAAUUUCUGCAUCAGCUUUAUGAAACAAUAAAACAUUUGCAGAGUUCCACUGUAGCAAUUCAGCAGUUCCCUUUAAUUGGACAGCUUCUAGGACGUCUCUGUUGGAAUCCAUUUGUUAUAGGAUAUGAUGAAAUCCAGAGGACUCUGAUGUGGUGCUUAUGUUUUCUUUACAGCAGUGAACCACAGAACGCUGUGGAACUGAAGGCAAACAGCUGGAUACAGAGUUUGUUGUGCCAUCUCCUUUCUUCUUCUAAGUGGGAAAGUAAUGAAGCGGAAACCAGUACAUUCAUAUCAGCUCUGGGCUACACAUCAGCAGAUUAUUAUUGUCACUUGGUUAAAAAUCUGGUUGUUUCAUUAGUAACAGAACUCAGAGAAAACCAGUCCAAUGGACUUAACAGUCAGGAGAGCAUUUCAGCCAGUCGUGUGAAUGCUAUGUCCAUUUUCUGUGUGCCUCUCAUUACUUUGCCUGAUCUAACUCCAUUAGUGGAAACUCUCCUUCUUUACCAUGGAGGUUCAUCAAAAGAAAUUCUUAGUUCAGAGUUUCUGGGGGCUGUGAAUGAUGCCUUUUUAAAGAAGAAGAUCUCCCUUCCUGAACCGGCUAUCUUCAGCCUUUGGCUUCGUCACUUAACAAGCCUUGAAAAAGCUACCUUACAUCUUCUAGACCAGUUGUUUUCCGUUCAGAUGAAUUCACUGGAAGAAGUGGCUCGUGUCAUAAAAGACUCAUUGCUGCCACAAGCAGCAAGCCAUCCUGCUAUUUUCAGAAUCAUAAAUGAAAUUUUCAAGAAUGCACUGAUGGAAACUGAUGGAACCUCAGAAGUUGUGACAAUAAUACAGGUGUUUACACAGCUCUUCCUUCAGGCUCAUCAGAAUGAAAACAAACAGCAUAAAUUUCCACUGAAGGCCUACUUCCCAAACCAUCACCAGCCCCUUGUUAGAAGUUUAGCCAAACGUCCUUUUGAACUCCCAGCUGCCUCUUGGUCUCAUCAUGUGAAACACGUUUCAGAUAUGGUCAAAGCAUUAGUAGAAGAUACAAACAUUAGUUCUCUCACCGACCUCUUUGAAAUCUGGUAUUUGGUUGCUUGCUUUGGAGAAUGGGUGGAUAUUGCUGCAGAACAAUUACUGAAGGCUGCUGUAGAACCAGAUGCAGUGCUUUGGCUGCUGGCAUUUUACUGCUGUCCUAAAACUGAAAAUCAACAAAGGACUCAAACAAUGGUAGAAGCUCAGGCAGUCUGCAGUCAGAUAAUGAUGCUGUUCAGCUGUGCAGACCUUUCACUCAAAGACCUGGAAGCUGUACACAGGGGAACAGGUGUAGAACUGUGUUGUAACCAGCAUCUUACAACAACACAUCUUCUGACCAACUUCUUGCUCUUUUCACCUGGUGCACAUAAGAUUGCCCAGGAAUGUAUCUAUCAUAUAAGUAUUACUGAGAUAACUGACACAAGCAAAGAAAUUCAUAACCUUCUGAUCCGUACUGCAUACAGAUUUAACCAUAGUGGAGAAGAAAACCAAAGGACUCUGAAGCUGCUGAAUGCACUUCUUCAAAAACUUCCAUUGAAAGUUUAG